AUGCCACACAUCGGUAAAAUAGAACAAUUUGACGACUCGGUCGAAUCAUGGGAGUCAUACGAGGAGAGAUUACAGGCAUUUUUUCUCGCAAAUGACAUUGAUAAUAACCAUAAAGUUCCUGCCUUGAUAAGUUUAAUUGGUCCAAAAACCUACACACUUUUGAAAAACUUAAUUGCCCCAGCUAAGGCUACAGACAAAGGCAUAAAGGACCUUUUGAAGGCACUACGUGAGCAUUUGAGCCCCAAACCCUCGGUGAUUGCCGAGCGGUUCCGAUUUCAUAAGCGCAAUCAACGCCCAGAUGAAUCGGUUUUGUCGUACAUAGCAGAGCUCCGUAAUCUGGCAACACAUUGUCAAUUUGAGGCAGCCCUGAGUGACACGUUACGUGACAGACUAGUGGUUGGUUUACGCCAAGAAACCAUACAAAAGAGGCUACUCUCAGAGAAAGACCUUGACCUGGAGAAAGCAAUCAACCUUGCUGUUGCUAUGGAAACGGCAGCUAGAGAUGCAGCUGAAGUACAGGGGGUAAAGAGUGAGACAGUUAACAAAAUCAGCACACGUCCUAAACCACGUCAAUUCAACAAGAAACCUACUGUGAGAAACACAAACGCUCAAUCUCAUGCACGACCAACAAUACAGAAACCUUCAUGCUAUCGUUGUGAUGGUGAUCAUCCAGCAUCACAGUGUCGACACACAAACACUGUUUGUUCUUUCUGUCGGAAGGUGGGACAUAUUGAGCGAGCCUGCAUGAAAAAGAAACGUGACAGGAACAAGGGACGUAACACUUCCCUAUUCUAUAAUGAGGAGGAAUUUCACUCUGAAGAACGCUACAAGGAGGGUGAUGGAGAACCACUUCUACACAUCACAAGCACUUUCCACAUGAAAUCACAUCAUGAACCACCAAUAACUGUGGAACCAAUUAUUGAAGGCAAAGUCAUCAAGAUGGAAGUCGAUACAGGAACAGCUGUUUCCGUGAUUUCCAAGAGUGACUACAGUGCAAACUUUAGCAAGGUAAACCUUGAACCAUCCAGUGAAUUACUGCGUGCAUAUUCAGGAGACAUGAUUCAACCUGUGGGCAAGAUGAAGGUGAAUGUUAAACUCAACUCACAAUCUGCUAACCUUGAAUUACUUGUUGUUCCACAUGAUGGACCAGCUUUACUAGGAAGAGACUGGCUUGGAAAGCUACAGCUCAACUGGCAGGAGAUAAAGACUUUACGUUCAACUAGGACCGUUCCUUACUCUCUGAGGACCAAGGUUGAGCAAGAACUUGAUCAAUUACAGGCAGAUGGAAUUAUUGAGCCUGUUGCACAUAGCAAAUGGGCUACUCCCAUUGUUCCAGCCAUUAAGAAGAAUGGUAACGUUAGACUGUGCGGCGAUUACAAAGUAACUGUCAAUCCUGUAAUGUGCGUCGACAAAUACCCUCUUCCCAAAAUUGAGGACAUUUUCGCAACCCUAGCUGGUGGAAAGAAUUUCUCAAAAUUGGACUUAACGCAAGCAUAUCACCACAUGGAACUAGAUGAAGAUUCACAGGAUCUACUCGUCAUAAACACCCAUAAAGGCCUGUUUAAAUACAAGCGACUUCCGUACGGAAUUGCAUCUGCUCCAGCACUAUGGCAGCGUGCAAUCGAGCAAGUAUUACAGAAUAUACCAUCAACACAAGUGAUCAUUGAUGACAUCAUUGUUACUGGUCGCGAUGACGAGGAGCACUUACACAACUUAAAACUGGUACUGGACCGUCUACAAUCCUAUGGACUACAUGUGAAUCUUCAGAAGUGUGAAUUUUUUCAGGCUAAUGUGAGCUAUGUUGGACAUGAAAUUGAUGCUCGUGGCCUACACAAGUCACCUGACAAAACUGAGGCUGUAAGAGAUGCCCAACGCCCUGAGAAUGUGUCACAGCUUAGAUCAUUUUUAGGUCUAGUGAACUAUUAUCACCGAUUUAUAGACAAUCUGUCAAGUGUAGCAGGACCACUACAUGAACUUCUCAACAAAGGAACCAAGUGGGAAUGGACUGCAGAUGCUUCACCGUAUGGGAUCGGAUCUGUACUUUCUCAUGUGUUCCCAGAUGGCUCCGAAAGACCUAUAGCAUUUGCGUCGCGCACAUUAAACCAAGCAGAGAAGGCUUAUUCACAAAUUGACAAAGAGGCCCUUGCCCUCUAUUGGGGUGUUAGAAAGUUCAAUUCAUACCUUUAUGGACACAAAUUUACACUUGUCACAGUCCACAAACCUCUUCUUAGCAUUUUCAAUCCAAAGAAGUCCCUUCCUGUGAUGACAGCAGCACGUCUUCAGCGCUAUGCUGUAUUCCUCUCAGGAUACCAGUAUGACAUUGAGUUUCGUGGAACCAAAUCUCAUGGUAAUGCUGACGCACUGUCGCGUGUACCACUACCCAGUAUUAAUCAACCACAGGAUGAAAAGGAUCCCAUUGAUUUGUUCUACAACAGACAUUUCGAUGACUUACCUGUAACUUGUGUGCAAAUUCGUAGGGAAACACAACGUGACCCAGUUCUGAGUCAAGUUUUGGACUAUGUGUUCCGAGGACAUUUUCCUCAUGAUUGUGAUGAACAGUUAAAGCCGUACUACAAUCGCAGAGAAGAACUCAAUGUUUAUCAAGGAUGUGUUACAUGGGGAAAUCGUGUGAUCAUCCCAGACAUUCUGCGUGAGAAAGUAAUGACAGAGCUUCAUUCUGGCCACAUAGGUAUUGUCAAAAUGAAGGCAGUAGCCAGAUCAUAUGUAUGGUGGCCCAAAGUUGACGAAGCAAUUGAGGAAGUCUGCAAGGCUUGUUCUGGUUGUAAACGUGUGCAGAAUACACCUUCCGCUGCACCUGUUCACCCGUGGAAUUUCCCGCCAAAGGCAUGGCAUCGCUUACACAUAGAUUUUGCCGGACCUUUUCACAAUGCCAUGUUUCUCAUUGUUGUGGAUGCAUACUCGAAAUGGCCGGAAAUCUUUGAGAUGAGGAGUACCACAAGCAAUGCAACAAUUAACACCUUACGAACCUUAUUUGCACGACAGGGAAUACCUGCAGAGAUAAUGGACCUCAAUUUCGCUCAGAGGAAUUUCGUCAGUUUAUGGAGUCGAAUGCCAUCAGACACAUAA